AUGGGUGGUGAACAGAAAAGGACAGCUUGGACCAUGACCCUGGUGCCUAUAUGGCUCUCCCUACUAGUGGCCCUGCUAUGUGGCAGGUUGCCUCUAGUGGGGACAGAGGGAGGAGGUGGGACCGCAUUCACCUCCACCUCAUCUCCCAACCCUGAUGGGAACCACAGUUCCAACUGCUCAAGUCUCACUGUGAAGCUGGAGUUCUCCACCAAAGUAGUUGAACAUGGUAAGUUCUGUUACUGUUGUCUAUUAGUUUUUUUCUUGAGCUUUUACAAGAACACAUUUAAAGCAUGGUGAAAGUCUAAACAAUGAUUCAAACAUACUGAUUUAAUGCAUAUUUCCUCUGUAAACCACAGUAUGUUUGGGAGAUUUUCAGGUCACACAUUAUUUGUUUAAGAUGAUUGCCAUUUAUGACAUGCAAGUCAAGUGUAUUUUUCUAUUUUAUGGUGUUUGUGUUCAAUGAAUUGCCACUCAUUGACCACAGACCAACAACACAAUGUGUGCCUGGCAGGAUGAUCACAGUCACAGUCUACACGGCUGAAGAUUCCAGGCUUGGCAGGCAAACUGUGUUGGCAUAUUCAAUGGCUGUUGUCCCAGAGAGUACACAACCACCCCCCUCCCCUCCUUUCUCUUAAAGGUUCAGUCAGAGUAGUCUGUCUGGAUGCUUGUCUUUGCAGCCCUGCUGUGGACUAGGCUGAUGGAACACCAUGCCAGAAUAUAACGUGAUAUUUAUAGUCCCCUUAAUAUUGGCCUGCGACUGAAUGUGCCCUUUGUGCCACAGCCCUAUUUUUUUAUGAAUUCCUAGUGACCCGGUGAGAGCGGUGCAUUGUGAAACAUUUUUACAUUUACAUUUUAGUCAUUUAGCAGACGCUCUUAUCCAGAGCGACUUACAGUUAGUGAAUACAUAUAUAUAUAUAUAUAUUUUUUUUUUAAAGUAUACUGGCCCCCCAUGGGAAUCGAACCCACAACUCUGCCGUUGCAAACGCCAUGCUCUAUCAACUGAGCUACAUCCCUGCCGGCCAUUCCCUCCCCUACCCUGGACGACGCUGGGCCAAUUGUGCGCCGCCCAUGAGUCUCCCGGUCGCGGCCGGCUGCGACAGAGCCUUGAUUCGAACCAGGAUCUCUAGUGGCACAGUUAGCACUGCGAUGCAGUGCCUUAGACCACUGCGCCACUCAGGGUGAGAGGUCAUCAUGACAGAGUGGUGGGGCUAAGGGGUCAAGAUUACUUGAAGGGCCUUGUGCAGAGUCAAUAAGGGAUUUAUUUUGUGGUUUUAUGUCUCUGCCGUGCCAACACAUAUAUGCUAAAUUCAUGAAAGUUAAGCUAAAUUUGUGCCACAUGCAAUUGUACACUGAUGGCACAAUGUAGCAACUGAAAGUUAUUCAAUAUGGUGUGAUUCUAGGCUUCCUGUUGUCAUCCAAGACUGUUCUUAUGGGCUUUUAUUUAACUGUUUUGGUUAUUUUCUUCUGCUCAAUGGUUCAUGAUAAUUCCCAAUAACUAUAUGAUCUAGUUAGUUGUUAUACAUUUUUUAAUUUUCAGGGCUUUGUAGAAAAGUAAUAUCCCUAUUGCAAUGAAGAUGGCAGAGGAACUGCUAAUACAAUGCUGCACUGUUGACUUGUAAUCGGAGGGAAGUGCAGAGUUGAAGGGUACCAGCCCAGAGAUGUCACUGGGUAAUUUUUCUUCUUCUAGAGCAGUGAUGGGCAGCUGGCGGGCCGCGGCCCCCCUUUGUAGCUCCGCGGAUCAAUUUCCAAAACCCCCCAAAAUACUAUGUUUUUUGGGGAGGGGACUCAGUCGGGUUACUGUAGAAUACGCAAGAUGCAAUUUAGAAAUUUGGAUGUGCAUCAGCAGGUUUUCUCUUAUGUCAGUCACUGACGGUCACUUAAUUAGCCCAUGUCAGAUUUUGUUGUUGCGAUUGGUAAAUUAGUCUAGCCAGCUAUCUAAACUUGUAGUAAUCAUGGUUGAAUUACAGACUGGGGCGCCCCCAUUGAUUUUGUAAAGGUGUCUGCAUGCUUCCCAGCCGGAAGAGUUCGUGCAUAUAUUAUGACGACAUUUUGUGACGUUUUUGUUAGUUUUUUUUGGCUGUUUGGGCACCCAUUUUUUCUGGAGGCAAACCGAAGUUUGGAGCCGAAGUCUACGCCCCUUCGUCAGUGAUUGGUCAACAGUAGGGAUUCUUCAAUAAACUCUUUGUUGUCGUUACUUGUUUUCAUGCACAUUUUUUCAUUAAGAAAUACUGCACCAAAUAUCUUUGUUAGAUGUAAAAUUGCGCCACUAAGAUCUCCUCUGCAAAAACGUCAAAAUUAAUGGCAGAUUUCUUGAGGUAUCUUUGAUUAAUUAUGACUAUUUUGAGGAAGUGUAUGCUGGCUACGGCAUCUCAAAAUGGACAAACAGUACUAUUGCCGCUUUUUCCUCAAAAAGCAUUGGUCUUUUAACACUAGAACCGCCUGGCCUUUCAGCCUAUAAAUACCCGCUAGAGAACGUUGUCGGGCGUUCCUUUAGCAUAUCCAUUAGAUGCAUAUCAACCCGCACCCGCAAGGUGUAGCAAACCUAAGCACCAACGCUUGAUAAAUAGUACAUAAACUAUUAUAAAGGAUUAAUUGCAUGAAGAAAUAUUUGUGGAAAUAUAUACAUAAAAAAAAAUAACCAAUAGUUAUUUGUUUAAAUAGUCAAGGAUAUGUUUUGUAUAAUUCUACAAAGUCCUAGAAAAAACGUAGGCCAAUAUUAGUUUCCCUUAAAAUAAAAACAUUACAGUGUAAUCAUUUGAUCAACUUUAUUUGUAGAUUCGAUUAGUAGUAGUUGCAUUAAACUUGCUUUAAAAAUGCAACAGUUUCUCUACGGGGGGCCCAAAAGGCUAGGGCUGGCUCUGACUGCAUGUGUGGGUACACAGCCCCGCCAGCCACUGCGGCCACUCAUGGUUUGUAGCCCCCGCCCCCAUCAAAGUUGCUCAUCCAUGUUCUAGAGAUGAGAAUAUUACAGUGACUGCAAUGGCAAUCCCUGAGAUUUUUGGACAACUAAAACUAAUGGAGCCAUUACAGCUUUACCUAUAUCGCUCUCCCCAAAUGGCAAUGCCACAUAUAAAUCUGUCGACAUUGGAAUCUCCCACAGCCGGAAGCACAAUUGCCAUGCAGAUACUUAACGAUUACCAUGUUCUCUCCUAUUUCUCCAGAGUACAUUGUGGCGUUUAAUGGCUACUUUACAGCCAAGGCACGCAGCCACUUCAUCAGCAGUGCUCUGAAGAGCUCCGAGGCCCUGGACUGGCGCAUUGUGCCCCGGAAGAACCCAGCCAGUGACUUCCCUAGUGACUUUGAGGUGGUGCAGAUCCGCCAGGCCUCUCGCAGCAGCCUGCUCACCCUGGAGGACCACCCUUACAUCAAGAGGGUCACGCCCCAGCGCAAGGUGUUUCCGCACACUCAAGUAUACACCCGACUGUGAGUCUCUAUCUUCGCCUCUUAUAGUCAAAUAUUUACACAUGUUUUGCUCAGCCCCGCUUUCCUUGUUUUAACUGAUCCACAUAUUUUGUGCUUUGUCUUCUAAACGGGUUGGUUGUUUAGCAACAAAACCAAUGUAUGCGCAACUAUGGGGCAAAACAGACAGGGCUGGCUUAGAUUGUAAACUAUAUUUCGCCUCCAAUGUUUAUUGAAAACAUAAAUAAAGUUGCUAAAUAAGCACUUGUUGUCUCUCAAAUACAUCAUUACAGUUGUUGGUUAGCUAGCCAGCAAAUGUUAGCCUUAUUAGCAUAGACAUGACAUCAGUCAAAACACCUCAAAACAAGACAUGGAUCAAGAACAAGAUCAAAUGAGCUGAAACGAGCCACUUACGAUUCACCACAUGGCAGUUUCUUGUCAUUGUUGCUCGCUAUCAGACCAUCCAGAACCAUAACAACACACGUCCUUCUGCCCUUUGGAAGUGCGCAUAUCGUUUUUGUGAGGUUGUCAGCUAACCCGUAUCUGGACCAUCCCCAUAUCCCCCAUACGUGUGUGUCAUGUCGUAUAGCUGCCCUUCAGUCAUGUUUGAACACCCCCCAGUCUCUCCCCCUUGUAAACUCACCAUGUUAUUGUCCCUCACUUGAAACUGUUUCAUUAAACUGUUUGAUCUUGCACACGUCUACUCACAAAUGAUCCCAUCCACACACUGACUGCUUUCAGUCAGUGUGUCUUUGUUGCAGUGCUCCAGGCAGUGCUCUGAUAUGUCCUUCUGUGUGUAUGUGUGUGUCUGUGUUGUGUUUGGAAGCAUUAAACGUUUAGUAGGGAUCAUAUAUCUUGCAACACAUACCCCCUCAGCACUAACCAGCAGUAGGGCAUCUCCAGACUGGUGGGGGGCUGGCAGAAAGGAAAGCUCUGUUUAUUCCUGGGCGUUGGUAGAAACUUCUCUCUCUCUCUCAGGAUGAAAGAGUGCUAUGUCUGGGCACAUUGGAGCCCCCCCUCCACCCCAGACUCCUUCUCCCACCACCUAGUCUGCAUCUCUAGUUCAGUUCCCACUCACCACCAUAAUGACCAUGCUGCACUGCAAACCAACAGUACCAAUCACUGCCACCAAUUUAAACAUGAUCUAAUUAACUUGAUAGAAGGGAAGUGCACUCAAUAUCACAGUGCUUUCUUUGUGUGAUGCGGAGUUGCUAAACCAUUUGGUGGUAGUUAGUGAUGUUUUAUUCCAUUUGACAUUAAUCAGACUAAAAUUAUCUGAAUUUUACAGCUUGCCAUCCCAGCUUCAUUUGGACGUGGUAAUAAAUAUGAUUGGCCAUCACUAUUGGAGUGACUGUAGGAGAAUCACAGAGGGUAAUAAAUAUACACUGAACAAAAAUAUAAAUGCAACAUGUAAAGUAUUGGUCCCAUGUUUCAUGAGCUGAAAUUAAAGAUCCCAGAAAUUGUACAUACGCACAAAAAGCUUAUUUCUCUUAAAUUUUGUGCACAAAUUUGUUUACAUCCCUGUUAGUGAGCAUUUCUCCAUUGCCAAGAUAAUCCAUCCACCUGACAGGUGUGGCAUAUCAAGAAGCUGAUUAAACAGCAUGAUCAUCACACAGGCAUUCCUUGUGCUGGGGACAAUAAAAGGCCACUCUAAAAUGUGCAGUUUUGUCACUACUCAAUGCCACAGAUGUCUCAUGUUUUGAGGGAGUGUGCAAUUGGCAUUCUGACUGCAGGAAUGUCCACCAGAGCUGUUGCCAGAGAAUGUAAUGUUAAUUUCUCUACCAUAAGCCGCCUCCAACGUCGUUUUAGAGAAUCUGGCUGUACGUCCAACUGGCCUCACAACCGCAGACCACGUGUAACCACACCAGCCCAGGACCUCCACAUCCGGUCUGAGACCAGCCAUCCGGACAGCUGAUGAAACUGGGUUUGCACAACCGAAGAAUUUCUGCACAAACUGUCAAAACUGUCUCGGGAAUCUCAUCUGCGUGCUCGUCGUCCUCACCAGGGUCUUGACCUGACUAGUUCGGCGUCGUAACUGACUUCAGUGGGCAAAUGCUCACCUUCGUUGGCCAUUGGCACACUGGAGAAGUGUGUUCUUCACGGUUGAAUCCCGGUUUCAACUAUACCGUGCAGAUGGCAGACAGCGUGUAUGGCGGUGUGUGGUUUGCUGAUGUCAACAUUGUGAACAGAGUGCACCAUGGUGGGGUUAUAAUAUGGGCAGGCAUAAGCUACGGACAACGAACACAAUAGCAUUUUAUCUAUAGCAAUUUGAAUGCACAGAUUUACCAUGACGAGAUGUUGAGGCCCAUUGUUGUGCCAUUCAUCCGCCGCCAUCACCUCAUGUUUCAGCAUGAUAACGCACAGCCACAUGUUGCAAGGAUCUGUACACAAUUCCUGGAAGCUGAAAAUGGCCCAGUUCUUCCAUGGCCUGCAUACUCACCAGACAUGUCACCUAUUGAGCAUGUUUGGGAUGCUCUGGAUCGACGUGUACGAUAGCAUGUUCCAGUUCCCGCCAAUAUCCAGCAACUUCGCACCGCCAUUGAAGUGGGACAACAUUCCACAGGCCACAAUCAACAGCCUGAUCAACUCUAUGCGAAGGUAAUGUCGCGCUGCAUGAGGCAAAUGGUGGGCACACUAGAUACUGACUGGUUUUCUGAUCCUCACCCCUACCUUUUUUUAAGGUAUAUGUGACUAACAGAUGCAUAUCUGUAUUCCCAGUCAUGUGAAAUCCAUAGAUUAGGGCCUAAUUUAUUUCAAUUGACUGAUUUCCUUAUAUGAAUUGUUGCAUAUUGUGUUUUAUUUUUGUUCAGUGUAAUUAGACUUCAUAGAGGAGCCAUCAGCAGCUCUGUCAGUGUCACUGAGCAGUAGCCAGUGAGAAGAGGACUGUUACUGCAGUAGGGCCAUUUCACAUGAUUAGAUCAGCGGUGCUUGUUAAUUGCCCACCACCAUCACCCCUCUCUUGACUCUGAUUAUUGUAGUGGUCUGGUCGCUGUUGAGUGAGCUAUCUGCUUUUGAAUCCAAUCAUGUUCAACAACCUCAGGUAUUCUGCAUGAUAAACUCAGUACAGUAGCUAAUCAUCAUCCAGAUUCAGUCAGAAAUCACAAUUUGGGGUAUUCUGUAGCUUUUUGAUUUGAAAUUAGAUCAAAGGAGAUUGCUUCACUGGAUACAGAAUCAAGAUAUUACCCAUCACAUUGGGAGCUAUCCAUCAAUCUCAAUAUCGUGCAUACACCAAUAAUGUUUAACUCGAUGUUUGUUUUGCGCUCCUGGGCUUUUCAGUGACGAUUGUGUUUUUUGAAGAUAAUAUUGUUCCUAAUGUUUUCCUCUCUUGUCAUCCCUUCCUUUCAGUGCCGGAUCCUGGGGCAGCCUGCAACAACGACACCCGCUGGACCCAGAAGUGGCAGUCGUCCCGUCCGCUGCGCCGGACCAGCCUGUCUCUGGCCUCGGGCUUCUGGCACGCCACGGGCCGCCACUCCAGCCGGAGGCUCCUGAGGGCCAUCCCCCGACACGUGGCCCAGAUACUGCAGGCAGAUGUCCUCUGGCAGAUGGGAUACACCGGUGAGGACAGAUGGCAGGGGGCACUGUGUGUUUGUCUGGCUGUCUAUUAGUGUGUAAACACUUGUGGGUUGUGUAUGUUCCUGUGUUUACACUAACAUGUCUGCUGUAGCCUACAUACUUCUUGCUCGAGUACAUUUACCUCCAGGCUGUUUCUAAAUAUCUGAAUUCUUUGUGUGUAGGUUCUGGGGUGAAGGUGGCUGUUUUUGACACAGGACUCAGUGAGAAACAUCCACAUUUUAAGAAUGUGAAGGAGAGAACCAACUGGACCAAUGAAAAGACACUUGAUGAUGGUAAGAUCAUGGGCUGCUGACUGUACCCUUGUCUCUGGGUAGUGCUUAGUGAUGGGAUCUGCUUUUGAGGAGGAAUGGAUGUCUAUUUCUGCUACAUUGCACUACACUACAUUUGGUCUCUUUCUCUCUGCAGGGCUGGGUCAUGGUACCUUUGUAGCAGGGGUCAUUGCCAGCAUGAGAGAGUGUCAGGGCUUUGCCCCUGACUCUGAGCUUCACAUCUUCAGAGUGUUCACCAACAAUCAGGUGUCAUACACCUCUUGGUUCCUGGAUGCCUUUAACUAUGCCAUUCUGAAGAAGAUUGAUGUCUUAAACCUCAGCAUCGGUGGUCCAGACUUCAUGGACCACCCAUUUGUUGAUAAGGUGAUUUAAAAGAAGAUGCCCAAAGCUGUUAAACGGAUUAGAUUUUCUUAAUGUGUAUCUCACUCUGAAUUGAUCAAAAUGUGUUUUUGUGUGUGCCAGGUUUGGGAGCUGACUGCUAACAGGGUUAUCAUGGUCUCUGCCAUUGGGAACGAUGGGCCACUUUAUGGGUAUGUUCUGACCUUGGGAGGAGAAGUGACGGCUAAGAGGACAUAGUAUUGAUUGGUGCAAGAUACUGAUUAGUUUGAAAAACGAUUAUGAACAAAAUAUAUGCAAUGUAUACGUUUUUAUUGAUGAUACUUAAUCCCUGUGUAUCCUAGCACCCUCAACAACCCAGCGGAUCAGAUGGAUGUGAUUGGGGUCGGUGGGAUAGAUUUUGAGGACAACAUUGCCAGGUUCUCCUCUCGGGGGAUGACCACUUGGGUACGCCUCACUCACAACCCACAGCAUAACCCUGAGUACCCUCUCACAUGUCUAUCUCAGUGUACUCUUACCUUUCCCAGUCAGAGUAAACUGAACUCUGUUCCCCAGCCUACGUGUUAUCAGUCCCAGACUAGACAUCUAACCCCGUGGAUCUGCAGCCCCCGUCUCUGCCAUAGAAAAACACUGAGAUAGAGAAAUUAAAUGUGCUCUGUGCUCAGACCGUGAAGCAAAUGGCACUUUAUAGCCUGCUUUUUGUGGGACAUAUACUGUAAAUGAGGAAUGCAAACAUUGUCUGAUUGUCCCAUGUUCUCCUCUUUCACUCUUUCUCCUAUACUGCCUCUCUCCCACUCUUUAUUCAACAUGAUUAUGUCUUGUGUUUUAGGAGCUGCCUGGGGGGUAUGGCAGAGUGAAGCCUGACAUCGUGACUUAUGGCUCUGGGGUGAGGGGCUCAGGGAUGAAGGAGGGCUGCCGCUCACUCUCAGGGACUAGCGUAGCGUCACCUGUGGUGGCAGGAGCUGUGACCCUACUGGUGAGGUAAGUCAUUUCAAUGACUACCCUUACAGCUGCAUCAGCGUUGUAAAAAAAAAGUUAUUCCAUCAGUCACCUAAGCCAUAUGACACUGUUUUAGAAAUGGAAGGCGCAAAGGACCCAGUUCUCAGGAUGGCUAUGCUGCCCUACCAAGCAAAAAGGCAGUAACUGCUCAUUUGGUCAAAAAUGAAUUAAUGUAAUUUUUGCUACAUUAAAUACAUGCUUAAUCAUGUGGACAAGUAUCCUGCCUCGUUUUGUGUUACUGUGAAACCAAGGUAAAUAAAAGCAAUUUUUGUCAUUUCCACGCUAUGAGCAGUUACUGCCUUUUUGCUUGGUAAGGCAGUAUGGAGGCGUAGUCUUUACAUAACCAGCGGAUGUGUAACUUUGAGAAAAGUGUUGUUGCUUGUUCUAACUCCAUCACCCUUCCUGGCUGUCGACACCUCCCUUUUACCCAGGCCUCUCCCUCCCACAUUAUCUUAUUUCACUUCCUACACACACACACACACACACACACACACACACAUACACACUGGAGAUAACACCGCUGUUCAAGAUGUUAUUCAUGGUCUUAAUCUCAGCCAUAUUUGCUUUGUGAGAGUUGCUGCUUUUUAUCUGUGAGCAGAAUAACUUCAGAACGUAAAUUACACACCUGAUACGGUCUGCCUCGGGUAAGUUAUUUGCUGUCAUGAGGAUUGGCUGUUGCAUGCCAUACUGAAGCCAUUAUUACUUUAAGUGAAAAGCUGAGACCUGGCCAAAGUGUGAAAAUUCUUCUGUAGUCUGCCAGCAGUUUACUGUCAUUUUAUGUUGAACAAUAAUUACCAUUAAGACGUACAUAUCUCAAUGGGUUGUCAUACAUCUUCUGUGUUCAAACAUUAGCUAGCUUCAGCCCAGUAGCAUUAAAUAAUCCAAUUGAUAAAUUGGUCUAGUUCUGCAGUUUCUGAAAGAGACACCUUACUCAGCAGCAUUUCUCUAAGAGACUGAAAACCUCAUUUGCAGUGUUAGUGACAGACUAAGAGUCCGGAAGGGCUGAUCAAUUGCAACAACAGUCUUCUGGUUCAAUAUGCAGUUACAAUUUAACGGCCAGACUGUCUGUGUGGACUCUUUGGGAUAAAUGAAACAUCAAUAGAUAUCCUUCACUUCAAAACAACAAGGACAUAGACAUUUAACAGAAUCAAUUGACACACUUUCACUUUCUCUCUACACUUUUUAUGUAGACAGAGUCCAGACAGAGUUUAAUCCAGACUUCUCACGUCUCAUACAAAUUGGUUUAUUGCACCUACAGUGGGGAAAAAAAGUAUUGUCAGCCACCAAUUAUGCAAGUUCUCCCACUUAAAAAGAUGAGAGAGGCCUGUAAUUUUCAUCAUAGGUACACGUCAACUAUGACAGACAAAUUGAGGGGAAAAAAAUCCAGAAAAUCACAUUGUAGGAUUAUUUAUGAAUUUAUUUGCAAAUUAUGGUGGAAAAUAAGAAUUUGGUCACCUACAAACAAGCAAGAUUUCUGACUCUCACAGACCUGUAACUUCUUCUUUAAGAGGCUCCUCUGUCCUCCACUCGUUACCUGUAUUAAUGGCACCUGUUUGAACUUGUUAUCAGUAUAAAAGACACCUGUCCACAACCUCAAACAGUCACACUCCAAACUCCACUAUGGCCAAGACCAAAGAGCUGUCAAAGGACACCAGAAACAAAAUUGUAGACCUGCACCAGGCUGGGAAGACUGAAUCUGCAAUAGGUAAGCAGCUUGGUUUGAAGAAAUCAACUGUGGGAGCAAUUAUUAGGAAAUGGAAGACAUACAAGACCACUGAUAAUCUCCCUCGAUCUGGGGCUCCACGCAAGAUCUCACCCCGUGGGGUCAAAAUGAUCACAAGAACGGUGAGCAAAAAUCCCAGAACCACACGGGGGGACCUAGUGAAUGACCUGCAGAGAGCUGGGACCAAAGUAACAAAGCCUACCAUCAGUAACACACUACGCCGCCAGGGACUCAAAUCCUGCAGUGCCAGACGUGUCCCCCUGCUUAAGCCAGUACAUGUCCAGGCCCGUCUGAAGUUUGCUAGAGUGCAUUUGGAUGAUCCAGAAGAGGAUUGGGAGAAUGUCAUAUGGUCAGAUGAAACCAAAAUAUAACUUUUUGGUAAAAACUCAACUCGUCGUGUUUGGAGGACAAAGAAUGCUGAGUUGCAUCCAAAGAACACCAUACCUUCAGUGAAGCAUGGGGGUGGAAACAUCAUGCUUUGGGGCUGUUUUUCUGCAAAGGGACCAGGACGACUGAUCCAUGUAAAGGAAAGAAUGAAUGGGGACAUGUAUCGUGAGAUUUUGAGUGAAAACCUCCUUCCAUCAGCAAGGGCAUUGAAGAUGAAACGUGGCUGGGUCUUUCAGCAUGACAAUGAUCCCAAACACACCACCCGGGCAACGAAGGAGUGGCUUCGUAAGAAGCAUUUCAAGGUCCUGGAGUGGCCUAGCCAGUCUCCAGAUCUCAACCCAAUAGAAAAUCUUUGGAGGGAGUUGAAAGUCCGUGUUGCCCAGCGACAGCCCCAAAACAUCACUGCUCUAGAGGAGAUCUGCAUGGAGGAAUGGGCCAAAAUACCAGCAACAGUGUGUGAAAACCUUGUGAAGACUUACAGAAAACGUUUGACCUGUGUCAUUGCCAACAAAGGGUAUAUAACAAAGUAUUGAGAAACUUUUGUUAUUGACCAAAUACAUAUUUUCCACCAUAAUUUGCAAAUAAAUUCAUUAAUAAUCCUACAAUGUGAUUUUCUGGAUUUCUUUUCUCGUUUUGUCUGUCAUAGUUGACGUGUACCUAUGAUGAAAAUUACAGGCGCCUCUCAUCUUUUUAAGUGGGAGCACUUGCUCAAUUGGUGGCUGACUAAAUACUUUUUUCCCCCACUUUAUCUCCAUCUGUCUCUAAAACAUCAUCCCUCUCUUUUUCUCAUAGCAAGCUAUUGAGUCAGAUGGUAGCGCUUGCUUCAUAUUUCCCAUCUUUGUUGAAACAUAAUGCAAAGCUAAUGUAACAGUUGUUAAUCCACUUGUGUCUCUCCUACAGCACGGUGUUGAACAGAGAGCUUGUGAACCCAGCCAGUAUGAAGCAGGCUCUGAUCGCAUCAGCACGGAGGCUCCCUGGAGUCAACAUGUUUGAACAGGGCCACGGAAAACUGGACCUCAUCAGAGCCUACCAGAUCCUCAACAGCUACAAACCCCAGGCCAGGUACUACACACACUCUCACUUUACCUAGUUUUCACUUUACACUCAAGUCACAUGUUAAAUGUUCACUCUUUUUUUUUUUUUACUUUGAAAGGUUCUAGCAAUGUCCAAUAAUCAUCACUCUAACCUGAUCUCAUGUUGAUUUGAUCCUGUUUGUCUUUAGUCUCAGUCCCAGCUACAUCGACCUGACUGAGUGCCCCUACAUGUGGCCUUACUGCUCCCAGCCCAUCUACUACGGUGGCAUGCCCACCAUCGUCAACGUCACCAUCCUCAAUGGCAUGGGCGUGACUGGCAGGAUUUUGGACAAGGUACUUUUAUAUAGAAGACUUUGAGUUUCAUGUCAAAACAUGAAUGAUAUAAAUUGAUCUGACAUGCUGUUUCUUUCUUGUGCUCUCCAGCCCAUCUGGCAGCCUUACCUACCGCAGAAUGGUGACCACAUUGAUGUGGCAGUCUCCUAUUCGGCAGUCCUCUGGCCCUGGGCUGGAUACCUGGCCGUCUCCAUCUCUGUCGCCAAGAAAGCUGCAUCAUGGGACGGGAUUGCCCAGGGUCAUGUGAUGGUGACCGUGGCCUCGCCUGCUGGGAAUAAUGUGAGUAACAACAAGGAUUUGUUUCUCAUAGUUACCAUAUCUCACCUUUCACUGUUUUUAUGUGAUUUCUGUAAUAUCACACUGACAUCCUCUUAUGUAGAUUUGUAACCAGAGAGCAUCAUACAGUAUUUUAAAGCUAUAUUUGGAUACUACUGUUAGGGUUAGAGUUAGCAAGCAUCCUUGCUGUGUCCUGGGUCAAAGGUCAAUGUUCUGACCCUCAUUGUUUUCUAAUUCCUCAGUCUGAGGUGGGUGGGGAGAUGACCUCUACGGUUAAACUGCCAGUCAAGGUGAAAAUAGUGCCCACUCCUCCUCGUAGCAAGAGGGUUCUUUGGGACCAGUACCACAACCUGCGCUACCCGCCUGGCUACUUCCCUCGAGAUAACCUGCGCAUGAAGAAUGACCCAUUGGACUGGUGAGUUCUUUGGACAACUAUUUACCUCAGAAUCACUUUAGUUUUAAGAGAGAAUAUUAGGCUGUUUCAGGUGUACUGGCUGUGUGGGGUCAGUUUCCAGUGCAACUCUUAAAACAUGCCAUAUCAUAAGAGCAAGCAAUACCUUUUUUCCCUUUACAGCCAUUGUUUAUUUUGUGAUUUUUUGAUGUUGGUUUUGUCUGAAUCAUUUGUAGGAAUGGAGAUCACAUUCACACCAACUUCAGGGACAUGUACCAGCACCUGAGGAGUAUGGGUUAUUUUGUGGAGGUCCUGGGUGCACCCAUCACCUGCUUCGAUGCUAGUCAAUAUGGUGAGAAUAUUUUUGCUCUCUUUGUCCAUUGACUCUAAUCUAAAAAUGUUUUAGAGCAGGAUAUGGGAGAGCAGCACAUAAAUAAAUGGCUUCUCACUCUGUCAUUGCUUACAGCAACAAUUCCAGUGGCUCUGCAUGCAUAGCAGAGCUUAUUGUUUUUCUUUGUCUGGUCUCGGCUGACAUUUCCUUUGUGUGUGUUUAGGGACAUUCAUGAUGGUGGACAGUGAAGAGGAGUACUUUCCAGAGGAGAUAACCAAGCUGCGGAGAGACAUUGAUAAGGGACUGUCUCUCAUCGUCUUCAGUGACUGGUACAACACCUCUGUCAUGAGGAAAGUCAAGUUCUACGAUGAAAACACCAGGUAGGUAUUAUAACCCCACUGUGUAGCUCCUUUUAUAUCCCCCUCCUGAUCCAAGUCCUCAUUCAAACAUCAAUGGACAGAUGGGGCAUCAUGCCGUGUGACAAUAGGGGGAGGCGGCAGUCUUGAGGUUAGAGAAGUGGACCAGCAAUCUGAGGGUUGCCGGUUGGAAUCUCAGUGGGAUUCGGCCACCUACUGCCGAUGUUCCCUUGUGCAAGGAACUUAACCCUCUAAACUUCUCAUUGGGUGCUGCCCUCUGCUCUAGCCUCUGCAACCUAAUGUGUGUAUGUGUGUUAGUGAUGCGGGGGUUGACUCAUAACCCGCAGUCCCUGCAGUUAUAGUAUUUCAACCACAUAAAAUAUUCCCCUCAGGCAAUGGUGGAUGCCAGACACAGGGGGCGCCAACGUGCCAGCUCUGAAUGACCUGAUCUCUGUAUGGGGGAUGGCCUUCAGUGAUGGGCUCUAUGAGGGAGACUUCACCAUGGCAGACCAUGACAGUAAGAACACACUCUGACGCUCUUACACACCCUCAUUCACUCGCUGUCUCACAUUUUUAAAUACAUUGUGUGUAAAUCUAGAAAUUAAUCAAAUUAGAUGGAUUCAAUGUGUCAUGUUUAAACUCUUCUAUCUCUAGUGUACUAUGCAUCAGGCUGCAGUAUUGCAAAGUUUCCAGAGGAUGGGAUUGUGAUUGCCAAGACCCUAAAGGAUCAAGGUACAGAAAACACUCACUGCCACAACACACCUGGCAGCUGUUACCAUGGGGAUGUUGCUGAAUAUUCUCAUCCCCCCCUCUCAGGGUUGGAGGUCUUGAAGCAGGAGACUGCGGUUGUGGAGGGCGUUCCCAUACUGGGAAUGUACCAAACACCAUCUGACGGGGGAGGUCGGAUAGCCCUUUACGGAGACUCAAACUGUAUAGAUGACAGUCACAGGCAGAAAGGUAGAUAAUCCACCUGCAGUUUCCCAUGUUCUCUAUAAAACUGUUACUGAUAUAAAGGUUUGAACUCCUCUUCAGUGAUCAGUUAGUAUCUAGUUUUGACCAUUGAUGUGUGUUCCCUCCAUAGACUGUUUCUGGCUGCUGGAUGCUCUUCUGCAGUACACCUCCUACAGCAUGACUCCUCCCAGCCUCAUCCACUCCAACAGCAGGGUGACUCCUCCCACUGGCACUGACCGUCCCUUGCCAGAGAGACUGGAGGGUAAGACUAACACUAAAGCCUCAGUGCUUCAGCUUUAAAACUAAAUUUCUAUGAUGGCUAAGUACCUUUAUUCCUCUCUUCCACAGGUAAUCACCUAUAUCGAUACUCAAAGGUAUUAGAAGCUCACUUGGGAGACCCAAAGCCCCGCCCACUCCCUGCCUGCCCUCACCUGUCAUGGUCCAAGCCACAGCCACUCAACGAGACGGCACCCAGGUGUGUGCCAAAUCACCUGUCAAAGUCCCUAACCCCUGUAGUAUUCAUUUCCGUCUCCUGACUUUCCUCUCAUUCUCUAUCAAACAGAUGGGGAGAUUAUGUUGAAUAAUACCACUCUUUCUUAACUGGUAAUUUCCUCAAUAAUGUUUAAUAAUGUAUUUGUGCUCUACCUGGUUCUAUUUGUUAAUAGUAACCUAUGGAAGCACCAGAAGCUGCUAUCUAUUGACAUGGACAAAGUGGUGCUGCCUAACGUCAGAAACUAUAGACCCCAGGUCCGGCCUCUGUCCCCUGGGGAGAGUGGAGCCUGGGACAUCCCUGGAGGUGAGAAUAUAUACCAAGCAGAAUUAUCACUGACUCCAAAUCACCUUACUGACUCAGUUUGUUUAAAGGGGCAGUGCAGUUAAAAAGGUGAUUUUCUCAUUUUUUAAAUGCUAUUUCCACACUGAGGUUGAAAUAAUACUCUGAAAUUGUGAAUAUGAUUGUCCUUUUUUUGUAAGAGCUGUUUGAAGAAAAUGCCUGGAAUUUUUUUUGGGUCAUUUAGCAGACGCUCUUAUCCAGAGCGACUUACAGUUAGUGCAUACAUUUUUUAAAAUAUAUAUUUUUUCAUACUGGCCCCCCGUGGGAAACGAACCCACCACCCUGGCGUUGCAAGUGCCAUGCUCUACCAACUGAGCUACACAGCCUGUUCAGGUGGGAUGGAGUUUUUAGUCCAGAUCAUGACAUCACAAUCGGAUCUGAUUAUUCUGACCUGAUUAUUCUGACCAAUGACCAGUUGUCUUUUAUUUGCAUAUGUAUCCUCCUACUUUGAAGGGAUAAUAGGGGUAGGCAGUCUACCAGUGGUUCCCAACCUUUUUUGGUUACAUUUUACAUUUUAGUCAUUUAGCAGACGCUCUUAUCCAGAGCAACUUACAGAUAGUGAGUGCAUACAUUUUUUUUUUUUUCAUACUGGUCCCCCGUGGGAAACGAAACCACAACCCUGGCGUUGCAAACGGCAUGCUCUACCAACUGAGCUACACAUUACUGUACCACCAACUGAAUUUUGCUCUGCCCCGAGUACCCCUGAAGUACCCAAUCAUGUGCAUUUUACCAGUAGGCCUAUGGUCUCAUGAGUCUUCUCAAGUACCCACUGCAGAUAGGCCAAGUAACCCCAGGGGUCCUAGUACCUCUGGUUGGGAACAACUGAGACAAUCCUAUCCACCAAUCAGGGCUGUGUAUGUAAAUAUAUUUAAAUAUAAAAACUAGGCUCAGGGAAAUAAAUGAUAACAAAUAUAUUUGCAGUUAUUGUCAUGAAAUAAACACAGUAAUUUAUUAGACAUACAGUGAUUAAAAUGUUUUAAUUAAAAAGACUGCACGGGGGCUAAAAUGCACACAUAAACAGUUAAAAUAUCUGAGGUCUGUUUCUUCAGUCUUGUCACUGUUAAUCAUUUUUGACAAUCAUCAUGUACUGCGUGAUGACGCCUCUGUGUGACUGACACGCCUGUCCUCUCCCCAGGUAUAAUGCCAGGCCGCUACAACCAGGAAGUGGGCCAGACCAUCCCCAUGUUUGCCUUCCUGGGAGCCAUGGUUGUGCUGUCCUUCUUUGUGGUGCAGCUCACCAAAUCCAAGAACAAGCCCAAACGACGGAAACCCAGAGUCAAACGUCCAACGUACCUCCAGCAGCAACAGCAGCAACAACUGGCACCAACAGGCAAGAACCCUACAGUGUGA